AUGAAUGAGCUCGAGAGAGUCAAGUCUUAUAUGAACAAGGUCAAGGAACAGACUGGAGAACCCGUUAAGAAACCCCAGCGAGCGCGGGUGGUGGACAAAGAGGCCGCUAAUCGGUUUAUUCAGAAUGCUCUCAGUGACAGCAAUGAUAAGACCGAGGUGGUGUUCUCUGGAAAGCAUACCAGACUCGAUGGAGAUGAAACAAAGGACAAAGAAGACGACAAAGAAGGGAAAGCUGAGGAAAGAGAUGUCGAUACCACAGCUCCCAAGAAAAGGGCUGCUAAGAGCAGCUCAGAAGCUCCUCCAAAAAAGAAAAGCAACAAAAAGGCAGUAGUGAGAGCCAAGAAGAAGGCUGCUAAAGAAGCCGCUGCCGAGGCUGCUGCAAGUGCCAGAGAAUAG